AUGGUGAUAUUGUCUUGGGCAUGGAGUUUGGAAACCAUGUUAGCGACUGACUCUGACGCAUCAAGGAAACACAACGUCGUUCGUUUCUCCAGACGUUACGCCCUACGACGCGACACGCCGUCAACUGGCUGCACUUCAACGGCCAGUGGAGAACCCCACGCUGGCGGGCGCCCAGAGAUCUUGGGAGAGGCCAAAUACUUCGUGCAUGGAUGGGCCGAACGGUCCGAAGUUCAAGAAUCUGGCAGUAAUGUCAACUAUUCUAUACCUGAUGCCCAUUAUGACUACUCGGGGUUUUCUUUAACCGACGCGGUCUGGGCGCGUCUCGCAGCGAGGCGAGGUGGCCAGUGCACGUGCCCUGCGCAGGUCGCCAUGUUCCUGGCAGGCACCCGCGCAGCCAAUCAUCGCCGACCAGGUACCCGGGGAUACCCACCGCAGCGCAGCCCAAUGAGCUUUGUCAGUAACGCUGGAGCUGCGAAGCUUCGACCCGCGCAAAGCUCUCCACUGUUCAAUCUCAAGCCCUGUCGAUGCCCAGUCUCCAUCCGCCGUAUCAACGACGCGGAGCACGCUGGAUCCAUUGCGAAUGCGUUGUCGUCUGCCCGGUCCACAGACAGCUGGACUUGCCUGCAACAGCUCGUGUGA